GGCAGGUUAACAGUUUCGCUGUUCCACAGAGCCAAAAAUGGUGCUCUAUGGCACAGCAACAGCAUCAACAUUACUCGAAUUCAAGGCCUCUCUUCUCUCCCCUUGCCCUUCUUUCAGUUCCCGACCUGUGAACCCUCUUAUUCAGCCCGUCAAGAACACAAUUUUGUUCCCUCCUAUUAAACACGUUACUAGUAAUUCACCGUCUCAGCAAUUCAAGAAAAUCUCAAAGACCUUUGAAGCUUCAGCUUCUACUGCUGAAGUUGAUACCCUUGUUGAAAAACUUCCAGCUGAUCUCAAUGUUACUGAAACCGAAGAACCCAAUUCUAGAGUAAGGUUGAGCGUAGAAGUCCCCCCUGUUGUUUGUGAGGAUUGCUACAGCAGAGUCAUCCGAGAGUUCAUGAAGAAGGCAAAGGUGCCAGGGUUUCGCCCUGGGAAGAAUGUUCCAGAAAGCAUUCUUAUCAAUUACAUAGGUAAACAGAAUAUCCAGAAGGCUAUUGUUGAGUCUAUCUUGAAGAGAACCCUUCCACAUGCUAUGUAUUCGAUGACUGGAAAAGCCUUGGAAGAUUCAAUUCGUAUUGUGACAAAAUUUUCAGAGAUGGAGAAUACAUACUCUUCUUUGAACUCUCUGAGAUAUGACGUCAUUGUUGAUGUGGCGCCUGAAGUCAAAUGGGUUCCUGAAUAUGGGUACAAGAAUUUGAAGAUUGUUGUAGAGAUAGACAGCGAGAUAGAUGCCAAGAAAGCUUCUGAAGAAGAAUUAAGGCGUCGCCAUAAGUCUCUAGGUUCACUUAGAAUUGUAACUGACAGAGGAGUAAAGCUUGGGGAUGUUGCUGUACUUGAUAUAUCUGCAACAACAAUAGAGGCAGAUGACUCAGAUGCUAAAAGCAUUCCAUCGGCAGAGAGUAGAGGUUUUCAAUUUGAUACAGAAGAUGGAGAUAGAAUCCUUCCUGGUUUCCUGGAGGCGAUUACUGGGAUCCAACGUGGUGAAACAAAGAGCUUUCAGUAUGUAUUUCCUGAAUCAUGGGCACAAGAAAAUCUUCGGGGUAUUGAAGCUAAAUUUACCGUGGAAUGUAAGGAACUGUUUCAUCGAGAUCUACCUAAUCUUGAUGACUCCAUUGCUGAUAAGCUACUUCCUGGGUGCACUACACUGGAGGAGGUCAAGAAAGCAUUACUGGAGAAGUGCCUAGAAGUGGAGCAAACUGCCAAAGAACAAGCAGCAGAUAAUGCGAUUCUUGAUCGACUAUGCAAGAUGGUUGAAGUGGACAUCCCUCGGUCUUUGUUUGAGGAACAAGGAAGGGAACUUUAUGGAGCCCAACUUUUGCAAAUGCAGGCAAAUAGGCAGCUGAAUGAUCAACAGUUGGCAUAUUUAUCAAGUGCCAAGGCAGUCAAUGAGUUCUUGGAGAACAACAAGGAAAACAUAAAUCAUUUGAUAAAGCAGAAUCUAGCUGUUGGUGACAUAUUUAAACGUGAAAAUUUGCAGUUUUCAACAGAAGAGCUGGUGAAAGAAGUAAAAAACUCAAUUGCCGAAUUCAAAAGACAUAAUCAGGAAUACGAUGAGGAGCGUGUGAAGGAACAGGUGCAAGAGGUGCUGGAGGGGGCAAAAGUGCUAGAAUGGCUAAGAGAAAAUGCAGAAAUACAAUACACAACUCGGUAGAUAAAAGCAAUUAGAAAAUAAUGCAUGGUUUUGGAUAGCAAGGAAAGGAGAUAUAUGUCUGUUGUGGCUUUCACUUUUAAGAACGGUCCACCUUCUGGUCGCGAACUAUGAGAAGAGAUGACAUCUCCAAUGUUUUCGGCCGGACAUGCGAAGUUAUUGCAAGAUUCGUCUUGGACUUGCCGGUCUCAGGUCCACUGUUUUGGGGUUGUCUUUACGGAAUCAGAGAAAUUAUAGCAUUUAAUGAUCCGUAUUGUUUAGCAUUCGGGUCGUUGGACAUGCGAAGCUUAAUGAUCCAUAUUGAACAAAUCCCCAAGAACAGAUUUUUUUUUUUAAAAAACCUGCUGCUUUCCUUUUUC